AGCCGACUGCCACUCACGCUGCGGCCUCGGCCCCGUCCGAUCGCGGCCGCCCCUCCCUUUGCCCUUCAGGGCGCCCGGCCCUGCGUCGGGGCUCCUUUCGGUGCCGGAGCAAGCGAUUCAUCGUUCCCCUUUUGCUUUCCUUCCCGUGCUCUCCCCGGACUCUGAUUUCGGGGCGCCGGGUCCUGCGGUGUCCCCGAGGGCGCACGUAUAACUUGAUCGGCGGGUAACCCACUGGAUUUUGGAGUUCUUUUAAUUCUUUUGAAAGAGUUCAAAUCCUCUCGAAGCCAAAAUGGAGCACAGUAAACAGAUUAGAAUUCUACUUCUGAACGAAAUGGAAAGGCUGGAAAAAACCCUCUUCAGACUUGAGCAAGGGUUUGAACUACAGUUUCGACUAGGCCCAACUUUACAAGGAAAAGCAGUUACUGUAUAUACAAAUUAUCCAUUUCCUGGAGAAACAUUUAAUCGAGAAAAAUUCCAUUCCCUGGAAUGGGAAAACCCAACAGGAAGAGAAGAUGAUUCUGACAAGUACUGUAAACUUCAUCUUCAACAGGCUGGGUCAUUUCAGUAUUACUUCCUUCAAGGAAAUGAGAAAAGUGGCGGGGGUUACAUAGUUGUGGAUCCUGUUUUACGUAUUGGUGCUGAUAACCAUGUGUUACCCUUGGACUGUGUUACUCUCCAGACUUAUUUAGCUAAGUGUUUGGGACCCUUUGAUGAAUGGGAAAGCAGACUUAGGGUUGCAAAAGAAUCAGGUUACAACAUGAUUCAUUUUACCCCAUUACAGACGCUUGGACUGUCUAGGUCAUGUUAUUCCCUUGCUGAUCAGUUAGAAUUAAAUCCUGAUUUUUCAAGACCUAAUGAAAAGUAUACCUGGAAUGAUGUUGGACAGCUAGUGGAAAAAUUGAAAAAGGAGUGGAAUAUUCUUUGUAUUACUGAUGUCGUCUACAAUCAUACUGCUACUAAUAGUAAAUGGAUCCAGGAACAUCCAGAAUGUGCAUAUAACCUUGUGAAUUCUCCACACUUAAAGCCUGCCUGGGUCUUAGACAGAGCCUUUUGGCACUUAUCCUGUGACAUUGCAGAAGGGAAAUACAAAGAAAAAGGAGUGCCUGCAUUAAUUGAAAAUGACCAUCAAAUGAAUUGCAUUCGAAAAAUAAUUUGGGAGGAUGUUUAUCCAAAGAUUCAACUCUGGGAAUUUUUCCAAGUAGAUGUUCACAAAGCAGUUGAACAAUUUAGAGGACUUCUGACUCAAGGAAAUAGGAAAAUAAUAACCAAACCUGACCCAGAGCAACACCUUAAGAUUAUUCAAGAUCCUGACUAUAAACGACUUGGCUGUACUGUAGACAUGAACAUUGCAUUAGCAACUUUCAUACCACAUGACAGUGGAACAGCCGCCAUCGAUGAAUGCUGUAAUUGGUUCCGUAAGAGAAUUGAGGAAUUGAAUUCAGAGAAGUGUCAAGUCAUGAACUAUCAUCAGGAACAGGCAGUGAAUUGCCUUUUGGGAAAUGUGUUUUAUGAACGACUGGCCGGCCAUGGUCCUAAACUAGGACCUGUCACUAGAAAAUAUCCUUUAGUGACCAGAUAUUUUACUUUCCCAUUUGAAGAAAUGACUCUCUCUGCAGAAGAAUCUUUGAUUCAUCUCCCAAAUAAGGCUUGCUUUCUGAUGGCACAUAAUGGAUGGGUAAUGGGAGAUGAUCCUCUUCGAAACUUUGCUGAACCAGGUUCAGAAGUUUACCUAAGGAGAGAACUUAUUUGCUGGGGAGACAGUGUUAAAUUACGCUAUGGGAAUAAACCAGAGGACUGUCCUUAUCUCUGGGCACACAUGAAAAAAUACACAGAAAUAACUGCGACUUAUUUCCAGGGAGUACGCCUGGAUAACUGCCACUCAACACCUCUGCAUGUAGCCGAGUACAUGUUAGAUGCUGCUAGGAAAUUGCAACCCAAUUUAUAUGUAGUAGCUGAACUGUUCACAGGAAGUGAAGACUUGGACAAUAUCUUUGUUACUAGACUGGGCAUUAGUUCCUUAAUAAGAGAGGCAAUGAGUGCAUAUAAUAGUCAUGAAGAAGGCAGAUUAGUUUACCGCUACGGAGGAGAACCUGUUGGAUCUUUUGUUCAGCCUUGUCUGAGGCCUCUAAUUCCAGCUAUUGCACACGCCCUGUUUAUGGAUAUUACCCAUGAUAAUGAGUGUCCUAUUGUGCAUAGAUCAGCAUACGAUGCACUCCCAAGUGCCACAGUUGUCUCUAUGGCGUGUUGUGCUAGUGGAAGUACUAAAGGCUAUGAUGAAUUAGUGCCUCAUCAGAUUUCAGUGGUUUCUGAAGAACGGUUUUAUACUAAGUGGAAUCCUGGAGCCUCACCAUCAAAUACAGGUGAAGUUAAUUUCCGGAGUGGAAUUAUUGCAGCCAGGUGUGCUAUCAAUAAACUUCAUCAAGAGCUUGGGGCCAAGGGUUUUAUUCAGGUGUAUGUGGAUCAGGUUGAUGAAGACAUAGUGGCGGUGACAAGACACUCACCUAGUAUCCAUCAGUCUGUGGUAGCUGUAGCUAGAACUGCUUUCAGGAAUCCCAAGACUUCAUUUUACCCCAAGGAAGUGCCUCAAAUGUGCAUCCCUGGCAAAAUUGAAGAAGUAGUUCUUGAAGCUAGAACUACAGAGAGAGAUGUAAAACCUUAUCGGAAGGAUGAGAAAUCAAUCAAUGGAAUGCCAAAUAUCACAGUUGAAAUUAGAGAACAUAUUCAGCUUAAUGAAAGUAAAAUUGUUAAACAAGCUGGAGUUGCCACCAAAGGAUUGAAUGAAUAUAUUCAAGAAAUUGAAUUUGAAAACUUGUCUCCAGGAGGUGUUAUUAUCUUCAGAGUUAGUCUUGAUCCACAUGCACAAGUUGCUGUUGGAAUUCUUCGAAACCAUCUGAUACAGUUCAGUCCUCAUUUUAAAUCUGGGAGCCUUGUUGUUGAAAACACAGAUCCUAUAUUAAAAAUUCCCUUUGCUUCUAUUGCCUCUAAGUUAACUUUGGCUGAGCUAAAUCAGGUACUUUACCGAUGUGAAUCAGAAGAACAAGAAGAUGGUGGCGGAUGCUAUAAUAUACCAAACUGGUCAUCUCUUAAAUAUGCAGGUCUUCAAGGAUUGAUGUCUGUAUUGGCAGAAAUAAGGCCAAAGAAUGACUUGGGACAUCCCUUUUGUGAUAAUUUGAGAUCUGGAGAUUGGAUGAUUGACUAUGUCAGUAGCCGGCUUAUUGCACGAUCGGGAACUAUUGCUGAAGUUGGUAAAUGGUUGCAGGCUAUGUUCUUCUACCUGAAGCAGAUCCCACGUUACCUUAUCCCAUGUUACUUCGAUGCUAUAUUAAUUGGUGCAUACACCACUCUUCUGGAUAUAGCAUGGAAGCAGAUGUCAAGCUUUGUGCAGAACGGUUCUACUUUUGUGAAACACCUUGCAUUGGGUUCAGUCCAAAUGUGUGGAGCAGGAAAAUUCCCUUCUCUGCCACUUCUUUCACCUUCACUUAUGGAUGUACCAUACAGGCUAAAUGAGAUCACAAAAGAAAAGGAGCAAUGUUGUGUAUCUAUAGCUGCAGGCUUACCUCAUUUUUCUUCUGGCCUUUUCCGCUGUUGGGGAAGAGACACUUUUAUUGCCCUUAGAGGUAUACUGCUGAUUACUGGACGCUAUUUAGAGGCCAGGAAUAUUAUUUUAGCAUUUGCUGCAACCCUGAGACACGGUCUCAUUCCUAAUCUCCUGGGUGAAGGAACUUAUGCCAGAUACAACUGCCGAGAUGCUGUGUGGUGGUGGCUACAGUGUAUUCAGGAUUACUGUAAAAUGGUUCCAAACGGUGUAGACAUUCUGAAGUGUCCCGUUUCCAGAAUGUAUCCUACAGAUGAUUCUGUUCCCUUGCCUGCCGGCACACUGGAUCAGCCAUUGUUUGAAGUAAUACAGGAAGCGAUGCAAAGACACAUGCAGGGAAUACAGUUCCGGGAAAGGAAUGCAGGCCCACAGAUAGAUCGAAACAUGAAGGAUGAAGGCUUUAAUAUAACUGCAGGGGUUGAUGAAGAAACAGGUUUUGUUUAUGGAGGAAAUCGUUUUAACUGUGGCACAUGGAUGGAUAAAAUGGGAGAAAGUGACCAAGCUAGAAACAGAGGAAUCCCAGCCACUCCAAGAGAUGGGUCUGCUGUGGAAAUUGUGGGCUUGAGUAAAUCUGCCAUUCGUUGGCUGCUGGAAUUAUCUCAAAAAAAUAUUUUCCCUUAUCAUGAAAUCACAAUAAAAAGACAUGGAAAGGUUGUGACUGUCUCAUAUGAUGAGUGGAACAGAAGAAUACAAGAAAACUUUGAAAAGCUAUUUUAUGUGUCAGAAGACCCUUCAGAUUUUAAUGAAAAGCAUCCUAAUCUGGUUCACAAACGUGGCAUAUACAAAGAUAGUUAUGGAGCUUCAAGCCCUUGGUGUGACUACCAACUCAGGCCUAAUUUUACCAUAGCGAUGGUUGUAGCCCCUGAGCUCUUUACUACAGAAAAAGCUUGGAAAGCUUUGGAGAUUGCAGAAAAAAAGUUGCUUGGUCCCCUUGGCAUGAAAACUUUGGAUCCAGAUGAUAUGGUUUACUGUGGAAUUUAUGACAAUGCCUUAGACAAUGACAACUACAAUCUUGCUAAAGGUUUCAAUUAUCACCAAGGACCUGAGUGGCUGUGGCCCAUUGGGUAUUUUCUUCGAGCAAAAUUAUAUUUUUCCAAAUUGAUGGGUCCAGAGACUAAUGCAAAGACCAUGUUGUUGGUUAAAAAUGUUCUUUCCCGACAUUAUGUCCAUCUUGAGAGAUCCCCCUGGAAAGGACUUCCAGAACUGACCAACGAGAAUGGCCAAUAUUGUCCUUUCAGCUGUGAAACGCAAGCCUGGUCAAUUAGUGCUAUUCUUGAAACACUCUAUGACUUAUAGUUGGUUCAUCGAUAUUUAUUAAGUAUACAAUCACACAUGUAUUAUGCAAUCCAAGGUCAUAAUAUAAUGUAUAUGUGCUGCCGAAGCGAGCACUCAUAAUAUAAUGUAAAUGCUUUAUAUGCACAGACUCUAGACAUUUUUAAAAUCUCAUUCAUAUAAUAUAGAUGCCCAAUUAUGAGACUCUAAAAGCAUUGAUUUUCUUUUUUUUCUUAAUGUACAGAAAUAAUUUUUGAUUUGAAUCCAAAAGAAAAAAUUAUCACCAAUGGAACUUUUUUCUUUUGUGUUCCAGAAGUAUUUCACAUAUCUAGAAAUAAAGAAUUUCAAAUUCAGCAUUUGAAAAAGAAAACUCAUGUAAUCUACUUGUACAUAAGUAAAAAUGAAAUAUAAGACUAUAAUAAUGAAAGAAAUUUAAAAGAAUCUUUAAAUUAGGGUAUAUAUUUUCUUCAGGGACAUACUAAAUUGGCUGUCGUUAAUUAAUAGUCUCAACUUUUACUGCAGUAUUCCUAGCAUCUUUCACAUUGCCUUCAACAAAUAUUAAAUGGAUAUUGAAUCAUGGAAGUGUUCACCUACAAUAUAUAUUCAUAAAUGUAGCACAGGUGUUCAUAAUGUGCUUUUAUUUUCUUCUAUGAUAUAUUAAUAUUUUUUAAUAUAAUGAAAGCCAACAUUAUAUUUAACAUAAUUUACUUGUGUUAAUGAUGCAUAGGACAGUUUAAAAAAAAACACAAAGGAUUAGGAGUUUAUUUCCUUAAAACAGUUUUAUAAAGUUAAUCUUGAGUUCCAGUUUCCUAUUAUGAAAUGUUUACAUUUCAUAAUGCAAAUUGUUGGGCAUAUUUAUGAGAACCUUAAUUUUAAAAUACUGUUUAAUUUUCUAAAAUUUACAACUAUUUUUAGUUUCUGUGUAAAAGUAUUAGUAGAUCAUAGUAGAUUCUGGUUUCCUAUUAAUAAAACCCACAUGGAAAAGUUUAACAUUAAGAACAAUCUUUAUAUAAUAAAUAUAUAUACAUGAAUUCAGCAGUUUCUUAAAUUCAGUAAAAUUAUUCAAAAAGGUUUUCAUGUUAUUUUAAGACACUUCAUUCUGAAAAAGUAAUAAAAAGAAAAAGAUUUAUAACAUUUAUAUGAGUUGACACUUUUAAAUAGUUCUUAUUUUUAGAUGAAAUUGUUUUUUACACUUCUACUGUUUUUUGUCUCAUGAAAACACUUAAAUUGGUUCACUUUACUUUUAGUUGAAAGGAAAUAGUUGCAAAAAUCCUUUCUUUACUAUUUAAUGUUACUCACUAGUAUGUUUAUAGUUAAUAAAAUGAUGGUACAUCAACAUUUUUCUCAGUUAGAGAUCACAUACCCAACUAUUAAGAAAAAUAAAGAAGAAAAGUAAACUAAAAAGGUCUGGCAAGCAAAAAUAUGUUAAUGGUUCAGAUGUCAAAUAUCCAUGCUUAAAAGCUCAUUCAAUUUACCAUAAGUUGACUUGCACACCCUUUGAAAAGUUGAUUCUACUAAUAAAGCAGUUUCAACUAGCUUGCUUUAUUCGUUUCUCAAAUCAAAACAGAUUAAAUCCCACGAAUUCAAGGAGAGUUGUGAUAGUAAUCUGACCACUAUAGUAAACACAUUGAUGUCCAAGUUUUCCUUUUUCCUUCAUUGCAGUGUGUAUAAGCCUGUGUAGUUAAAAAGAAUGACCUUCCUUGAGAGAGAGAACCAUUGGUCAUCAAGGUUUUAUGUAGUUAUGUUGCUAUGCUUUAACUUCUGUAUUAAAGGUGGUAAGAAACGUGACUGAAAACCAGCACAUUUAACAAGAGAAAGAAGUAGUGGCUGACAAAUGCAAUUAGGUGGGUGGUUGGAUGGAUGAAUAGUUGAUAGAUAGAUAGAUAGAUAGAUAGAUAGAUAGAUAGAUAGAUAGAUAGAUAGAUAGAGUUGAACUUGCCAUAAUGUGUUAUCUAUAAUAGAGCAACUACCCACCUCAGUAAUUUUUUAGAAUAUCAUGUUGUACUAGAAAAUGAAGUGGUUCAUAUUCCUAAUAAGGAAUAGUGAUGAAAGAAUAUUGUUAUAAUCUGCAUGGUCUAUGAUAAAGCUUAAGAAGGCAUGUUACACAUUAUUCAUCAGAGGUAGGUUAAAAACAUAGUUUUAGAGUUAGAGGGUUAAGUGUCAUUUAAUUAAAGAACAUUCAAAGAAUGCUUCAUUCCUGAGUGAUGUUGGAUGAGGUAUCCCUAUAUUACAUUUCAAUAAUGAUUCUGUGCCUUGCUUCUUCACUAAUCAUAAUCAAUCUUACUCUAACAUGAGAAGUAAGCUUGCCAUUUUAACUGGUAUGCUAUGUUAAUUUAAUAAAUUUUAAAGAUAAUACAGAAAACAUGAGGCCUGUCAUCACCGUGGAAUAUUACAACUUAUGUGGAUUGUCAUCCAUUUCUUUUAUGUCUUCAACUGCUCUAUCUAGUGAGCAAAUGUUAUUUUAUUGUCUGUGUGCCAAGAAAAUAAAAAUCUUUCUUAAAUGUCUAUGGUUUGUUCCUGUAUCAUUAUUUAC